UUUCAUUUACAAUCGUCAGUAGUUAUUUAAAUAAUCCACAUCUAAGCAAAUGGCUUACAAAAAAGAGCUUCUGAAAUCUAAUUAACAAGUACAAAUAGAGAAAUGGGGCCGUUUGUUUACACUGUAUGAUAGACACACUGCUUUUAUCAUUUGUCAUCACUUCCACAGAAACAAAGUCCACAGAGCUGAUACCACAGUUCAAGGGUUCCUGUGCACCAGAGAAGUGAUUAUGCUGAAGUUGCAGAAAACAAAUGUGUGGGACAAAAAAGAGGAUUUAAACAACGUGACAGAGGAAGACACUUCUCAAGACAUUUACACUGACACUGACACUUGCUAAGAGGCACAACCUAAAGACUUACCUGCUCUAAACUCUGAAGUACACAGGUCCUCCUACUCUGCUUCUGUACAUCACUUGAUCAGAUCAUCUAUACUGGAAAAUGGCUAUAAGUUCACCAAAAGACAAGUAUUUCGGAGUAUGGCUGGUUUUCUUCCUGCUCGGAUUGGGAACCCUGUUGCCCUGGAACUUCUUCAUGACUGGCACAAUGUACUUCACCAGUCGUCUGAAGGAACAAUCAUCCAUCAGUUCAUCAGCCAAUCACACAGAAACAGCAAAUGAACCUCAAAGCUUCCUGGAGGCUAAAUUUAAUAAUGUGAUGACGCUGUGUGCCAUGAUGCCACUUCUAAUCUGUACCUGCCUGAACUCCUUCUUGCAUACAUUAAUUCCCCAGCGUCUGCGUGUGAUGGGAAGCCUCUUCAUCAUCAUGUCAGUCUUUAUUGUCACCACUGUCCUUGUCAAAGUACCUUUGGAACCACUGCCAUUCUUCUCAAUCACCAUGGUGAAGAUUGUCAUCAUCAAUUCCUUUGGGGCUGUGCUGCAGGGCAGUCUGUUUGGGAUGGCUGGCUUGUUGCCAGCUUCAUAUACAACUCCCAUUAUGAGUGGUCAGGGACUCGCUGGGACCUUUGCUGCCUUCGCCAUGAUCUGCGCUAUAGCAAGUGGAUCUGAACUUCACGAUGCAGCUUUGGGUUAUUUUAUCACAGCCUGCUUUGUUAUUUUUCUCUCCAUCAUUGCCUACAUUGUGCUUCCCAAGCUGGAGUUUUUUCAGUUUUACCAGAACAGAAACAUGAAGCAGAAACUAGACCUUGAAAACUCCAUCACCCUGACGAACCAAGUGAAUAAACAGAGAACAACUGAUGCAAACAUCUCCAUGGUGGAAAUAUUUAAAAAGAUCUGGGUGUUGGCUGUCUCCGUCUGUUUCACAUUCACCGUCACCAUCAGCACUUUUCCUGCUAUCACAGCUGACACCAAGUCCACCAUUGCUGAUGGAGGCUCAUGGGACUUCUACUUCAUCCCUGUCAGCUGUUUCCUACUCUUUAACCUCUGUGACUGGACUGGGCGCAGCUUAACAGCCAUCUGUAUGUGGCCCCAGAAGGACAGUGUGCUGCUUCCCAUAUCCAUAGUGAGUCGUCUGGUCUUCAUCCCUCUCUUCAUGCUGUGUAAUGUGCAGCCUCGCGUCCAACUACCCGUCUUUUUCCACCAUGACGGUUUCUUCAUCGCCUUCAUGCUAUGCUUUGCAUUCACUAAUGGGUACCUGGCUAGUUUAUGCAUGUGCUAUGGCCCGAAAAACGUUCUUCCUCAUGAAGCAGAAACUGCAGGAACAAUCAUGUCUUUCUUCCUGUGUUUGGGUCUGGGUUCAGGAGCAGCUCUGUCUUUCCCCUUCAGAGCUCUGGUCUAGAUGGGACCAUACAUCAAUACCACCAAAAGCUGCUUGUUACUGGUUUGACUGUGAGAAAAAAAUGUUUAGCUGAUGGUCAGAGCCUCAGAACCAACUGACUUCUUCCAAUGUAAAGCUGAAGUCUGAUUUCCAGAUGAUGGUGCUGCAGCAAAAACAAUCUUAAUUCCUAAUUUAAAUGUUGUAUGGUCUCAAACAUCUGCAAACAAUCCAUGUAAAUGUAAAUGUAUGUGGUUAUGAUUAGGUUGAUCAUCAGUCUUAAUUAUUUCUUAAUAUUAUAGAAAUAUUUGUUAUGGUUAUACUAAAUAAAAUUUAAAAUGUUGGAGCUUGUAUUACAAAUCCUACUAACACAGCUGAAUAAACAGAGGAGGAGGACAGAGCACAGACACAGACAUCCUGACCAAGCUUCAGUAGAAGACUCUUGAGCCACUAAAACUAUAUUUAAUUAUUAAGUCUUUACAAAAUGCAAAACGUUAAGUUUUAACUAAUAGCAACAUUAGUGCUUAGUUAAAUGGUGAUGAAUAAUAAAUAAAUUUAAACAAAGUGUCAACAUUGGUGUGUGAACCAGUGUGAGGCAAGAUCUGUUCACCUGGAGCAGUUUUGAGCCAUGAGUGAGCCAAAUAUUUGAAUGUUUUGUCUCAGGGGAAACACAGGGAUUAUGAACCCACUUUAAAGAAUGAAUUAGUUUUAGUGACUAUGUUAAUCCUUUGGUUUAUAUUAUACCGAUAUAAUUGUAUCUUACCUAACACGUUUUACCCUAAAUUUUAAUUUCAAAUAAAAUGAAAAUAUUUUUUUUCUUAUUUCUUAUGGUUUAAUUGGUCUGAUCCACUUUUAUUUCGAAAGACAUCACAGGAAGCUGCUGCCAUAUGAUACAUCACAAAUAUCAGUGACAAAAAUAAACUCGGUGGAGUUAAGGGAGGUAGACAUGAUUCUGUCUAAGUUUUUUUUUGUCUCUUUACCAUUGUCAUGGUGGAAAGACUGACAUCAGUGGAUUUUGAGAUUUUUGGAAACGUUCAGGGUAAGUCAUUGAUUGAACACACCCUCAUUCAUCAGUGUGUCUUCACAGAAAAAUUAAACAAUCAGGUUUCCCUUCAUUGUUUUCAUAGUACCAAAAUGUUGGGAAGAAAGAAUGUUUAAAAUAUUUAAAAGGAAAAUAAAAAAAUCUAUAAACAACUGUAAAAGACAUCACUUUCCUCAGGCAUUGGGUCACUGGACGUAGAGCCUGCACAAAUAGAAAACAGCUACACUGCAAUUUGCAAACCCCAGAAACAAGAAUACAGCUCUGAAAAGUCCUGCAGACAUUGGAAUGAAUUAGCUAUAAUCUAAAAAAAAUCCUCAACCAAGAUCAAGAAAGCAAAUAAACAAGUAACAAUUUGAACAACCAACAAAGUCCUUCUAUUCUGCAAAAUUAAAUAACUAAUUCAGUCCAGGAACAAGAAAAUAGAAAAAAAGUAAGUGGCUUUGAAAAGUAAGAGCACAGAACAAACACAAACACAAGGGCCUAAAAUCUAUCUAAGACUCGUGUCAGUUUUUAAGUGAACAAAUUGGACUAGGACAUUUUAGUCAGAUUUUAGUCAUAGAUUUAGAUUUUACAAACUUAAUUUCGAUUUUGUAAUUGUAUUGUAUUUUUGAAAAUUUUGUGCUAACCACAUUCACUGUUCUUGUACACAGCUGCCUGACAGGGACCAACUUACAACCCAAAGGCUCUUACCCAGGAAGUAAAAACAGAGACAUUUACAUUUAAUCAUUCACCACAAUACUGUAUCUUACUAACCAAGAGACACGUGGAACACAAGCUUUCUGCACAUGGCAGGAGCAACGACAGUUGGAUGAAAACAAACCCGACCCCAUUCCUUGCUCCUAGCAGCAAAACAUUACAAACUGCAAUUAGUCACAAUCAUUGAAUAGCAUGAACCAAGAUAAAAUACUAGUAUGAGAAAUACAAAUAAGUACUGUAGGACAAAGAAACACAAGGAACAUUACAAAUUUUUAUUUUUACAAAAGUAAAGCUACUAACGGGUGAAAACAAAAAAAAAACGUAUGAAUAGAGGGAGGUGCUGUAGUGAGACACACUGACAAAAGUGGUGGAGUAAACUGAGCCUGGGUGGCAGUGGGUAGCACUGUUACCUCACAGCGAAAAGGGCUUUUCUUGAGAAGGGUUUUUUCUGUGUGGAGUUUGCAUGUUCUCCCUGUGUUUGCGUGGGUUCUCUCCGUGUUUUUUGGUGUACAUUAUUCUAGUGAAUGUGGGAGAGACUCUUCUACACUAGGGUGAGUUUCAGGUACGACAGUUUAGGUGCGACUUACAAGUUGAAAACUACAGUGGCCCUGGAGUGCAAGUCACAAACAAACAAAAAGACAAAACUCGACGACAUUAACAGAAAACACGACAUUAACAGGCAACACAGCGACAUUAACAAAAAACAUGAUGACAUUAACAGAAAACACGACAACAUUAACAAAAAACAUGAUGACAUUAACAGAAAACACAACGACGUUAACAAAAAACAUGACAACAUUAACAGAAAACACGACAAUAUUAACAAAAAACACACCAACAUUUCAACAUUACGGAAAGGGUAGGGACCAGGUCUUGUUUCUGAUUGGUCACAAGCUAAGUCAGUCUAACCCUCACUUCCUGUUUUUACCUGCUAGCUAAAAUAGGGGCUAUGCUGCGCUAAUUAAAAUUUUAAGGGCUAUUUAAUAAAGGGUUUUAUCAGAGACGGGUCUUAUAGAAACGUCUUUGCCAUUUACAGCUGCUUGGAGACCGAAUAACAUGGUUGGUGCUAGGAUAGGAACUUGAAACAAAACUGAGUUAAAAUGCUUGGUGAAUUGAAUCUGCAAGGAUCUCUAACUCACGGAUUGUUUGGUAGACAGACAUACUAUUUAAUGAGGCCAAACUAAGUACUUUACUGUAUGGCGCAGCUUAUAUACUGAGCUGAAACUUUUCUAAGUGCCGACUACUGUACCUUGUUCGGUAGCCAAACAGAUGUUUAGGUACACUAAGUCAAUUUUACUAGAAACAGGUAUAUAGUGUUGGGGGACCUCAUCUGUAUAAUCUGUUAUUAACAGAAUUAUUAUUAAGGUCCCACAUGCUCAGACAAAGGAAAUAUUGCGGCCUGCAUGUAAAGUCCUCAUCCUGAUAGUAGUGAGUGAGAACAAAGAGAUUUCAAAUCUCAGCGCCAAAACCAGGCGCCAGGCUGGAGACCCAUACCUGGCUCCCCCGCUGACAUCCAACUCCCGCUGACACAAGCGACAAACGGCGGAGAAACUUGGACGUCAGCCGGAAGAACUUGGACGUCAGCCGGAAGAACUUGGAUCAAACAAUAGGACGGGCGUGACCAAAAACACGGUUAUAAAAGUCGCCGUGACCGAAGACUCGUCCCUUGUUCUUUCCGACCCUGUCCCGUUUCCCCUUCUUCUCUUCGAUCUCUCCUUCCCUUCUUCUCUUCGAUCUCUCCUUCCCUUCUUCUCUCCGACGUCGUCCCGGACCCUUCUGUCCUCGCACACGAGACCACUGCAGACCUUUCUUCUCUCCGUCCGCCUGGAGCCUCCACCGCAGCCAACAGCUGAACCAACGGAGACGUCGUCACAGAGAACGGGCCUGAUCACCCAUCUACUUCCAGCCACACGGCAGGAAACCGCCAGCUUAACCGCCUCACUCGCCGCCGAAUCAGCUGAUCGCGACGCGAUCACCGCGACGCACACCUGGACCGGACCGGACCGCAACAGCGCAAGCACGCACGCACGCAACGCCGGAUCUUCUCACCAGGAUUGAGCAGUAAGGCAGAGGCAGUCUGAGCAGAGUAGAACUCUUAGGGUAUCAGUAAUUGUUUUUGUUGUGUUGUUUCUUUUCCUGCACACACGAUCUGACCGCUGUGUAUUUCCGCGAUCACGUGACUGUAACGCUGUUACAGAUCUACGUGAAUCUAAGAGGUGCACAUUGAAGUGUUGUAAUCUGUUAUUUUACUAUCUUAAGCGCUUUAGUGUGUUACUGUUGCGGUGCUCUGUUUCGGCUACGACCACGCCAAGCGCACGUUUCAACCACCGCACGCUUCCGCGAUCACGUGACUAUAUCGCAGAAUAUAGCCCCACGUGUUUGUGUGACCACAAGCCUUAUCCACGCUAGUCCCACUUCACACUCCUUUAUACGCUUCUUUCCCUGUGAGCGCCAGACACGCGCGUUCCAUUCAAAGGGCUCACCGGCACACGCGCGUAGCUGUGCCAUCUCACCACGCCCCUAAAGGGGGGCGCUCUCCUCCUCCUCCUCCUCUUCUCUCUUUCUCUCUCUCUCUCACACACACACACACACCCCUCUUAUCUCAGGUAACGCGCAUACACAUACAGAACGCCAGACGAACACACCAUAAGAUUAAGUUGUGAUUUGCUGAGUUAUUCAAGAUAGUGUUGACACUAGAGUUAAUAUUAACUGUUUAAUAAAGCGUUCAUAAUUUAA